ACAACUUAUGAUCGCACUUAUUUUCGUAACAAGACAUUGGAUCAACAUCCCAACUUAUAUAGAGAAUAUAGUAAUGAAGACUUCGAUUAUUAUGGCAUUACUGAUAAGACAUUAUGUCCAUUAUGCAAGUUAGGUGAGGAAAGCAUAGAAGAUAGAUAUAAAACCGGAUCUGGGUUACAAAGCGUUUUGACAGAUAAAAUUCGCUCUAAAUUAUAUAAAACAUACAAGAAAGAAACUGGAAAUGAGUCAUGGCAUUUACAAAAAGCUGUGAUAAAUAUGUCAGCAGAACCUCAAGCCUCAGCUGUGCGAUGGAAAACAUGGGAAUUAUGGAUUACAAGGCUCAUGGCCAGUCAUGAAUACGAGAUGUCUGAAGUUCCAACAAUGUAUCCCGGUCGCACAGUCCUAGUAACAUAUUUGAAAGAGCAUAACCCCAAAAGUUGGUCGUAUGCCGAUUUUCUGAUCCUAAACCGUGCUAUUCUCAUCGAUUUACCACCAUAUAAGGAUAAAUGGAACACCCUCAACAGCACAUGGACGAGACGAUUUCUGCAGGAACUGGUGCCCGAAAAAAUGAAGUACUAUUGGGAAAAAAUUAUCCUUGAACGAAAGGAGCGGUCGGUAAAACAUACACACCUCGCUGGUAGUCUUGACCUGAUAGAUGAUGCUGGGAAGCAUAAUAUUCAGAAAUUACGCUCUCAAGGGUUUAAUGAGGAGAAGGAAGGAGUAUCUUCAACUAAAAGAGUUCGAGAAAGAAAACCAGUGAAUUAUUAUGAAAACCAGACAGAAAUGGAUUCUUCUGGUUCAGAAUAUCAAGAAAAGCCAAAAAGGCCUAAAAGGAAAUCCACCGAUAUUGACGAUGACAAGAUUUCAGAUGAUCAAAUGGCCCAUUUCGAUAACAUUUUCCACGACCUAGACCCGGAAAAUAUGUGGACUCUUAAAUCAGGACGUGUUGUUGAGAAAGUAAUUUACGAAUAUGCAAGAAAUUUGAGAUAUGAGUCCUAUAUGCACUCAUUUAUAAUCAGUGAUAUUGACGAAAAAGCAAAGUCAUUGUUUCAAAAUGACGAAUGGGAAGAGAUAUUUUCCUCAAACUGUAAAAAAAUGCCAAAAAUCGACAAAUCAAUUAUUGAGCUUCUGAAAAAAUAUUCGGUAACUGAUCUACCUUCAUUUCGAAAAGCCAUUUUUGAGUCUUUCUUACCUGCCGAUGCUUUAUACUUCAGCAGGGAACACCUUGACUUAAAUUAUGUGAACCUUGUGUAUCGCACCAUGCAUACACUAUGGGAGGAGGAUGACGAUUUCACUCUGGAUUCAUCAAAAUUGGAAGGAUGGUUUCAACACAACAUAUGGAGUUCUAUUAUUGAUCCUGCAUUCCGUAAUUCAAGGAUUAAUUUGAUACGUGGAGAAGGCAUGAGCUUGGCAUCUAGCGACAGAAAGAACGAUACAAGUUGUGACGCGGAUCAAAAAACAAUCGACAAGAAAGGUUGUGAUGUGGAUCGAAAAAAGAUCG